AUGGAACCAAAUUUAGAGCUCCAUCAACCAGAACCAGCCAUCAACUCUGAGAGCAAUGCUGAGGAACUACUCAAAAAGCUCGAGGAGGUCCUGAAGACUCGAGAUCUUUCGUGUGUCAAUCUCCUUCAAUCCAGCGAGCUCAGCCCGCAGGAUGAAGUACUUCGAGACGCCUGCGAGGUUCUGAGGUUGGCCAUCCAAAAUGAGGAAGAGCACGGCGGCUCGGGCGGGAGCUCAGUCUCCUUUCAGCAGGGUUUGCUGACAAGCUCCGAGAUGCUGGUUUUCACCGCACGGCUGCCGCUAUGGACGAUCAUGGAUAUGGGGAGAGGAAUGAAGGAGUUCACCGCCAACGUGCCAUGGAGGAACGAGAUGGAGCUUCGGCUGCCGCAGCUGAUUCACCCGGGUGACAAGAAGGAGCUCGAGAGCCUAGCUGGAGACAGAGCUGAAGGGGGGCAGAGAAGGUGA